GGUUGAAACGUGGCUAGGUGAAACUGCAACGAUGUUCUUCGAACUAAAGAAUAGCAGCAAAGCAAAAGAUGCGAUGUCGACGACGGCCAGACACUGUGAGGCCGGGGGACGUUGCAUCCGAUUCGAAGCUUGCAACAGCGUCAUUUCAUUUCCACACGGCCAACAUGCUGAUAUAUGAGACCUCGGGCGUUACUACAAUAUCUAUCGUGCAUUUUGCUUCUCCAAUUCUAUACAUCUGGAAGCAGUUUCAUCUGCAUCUGGCGUGCCUUUCGAUGGGGAUCAGCACUUGCAGCCUCGGCACUACUUGCUGCAAUUGCAGCCAAUGAGCGUAUCCAGCUUCCUUUAGACAAAGAAAGGCUUAACGCGGCAGCACCGCAGAAUAGGCAGGGUCGUUCAGACGACGAAAGAGACGAGCAUCACUUUUGAUUGCCCAGCACAAGGCCGUU